AUGAAGCUCGUCAGAUUCUUGAUGAAAUGCGUCAACGAGACGGUGACCAUUGAGCUGAAGAAUGGCACCAUUGUCCAUGGCACAAUAACAUCCGUCUCACCGCAGAUGAACACGGCUCUGCGAAAUGUCAAGAUGACCGCGAAGGGCCAGGACCCGAUCCCUCUUGAUGCCAUGAACAUUCGUGGCUCCACGAUUCGCUACUUCAUCCUACCAGAAUCUCUGCCCUUGGACACACUCCUAAUUGAUGAUGCGCCGAAACCGAAGAACAAGGCUCGCAAGGAGGUCGAGCGUGCCGCCGGUGGCCGUGGUGGUCGCGGUGCUCGCGGCGGAAGAGGACGUGGCGGAGGCAGAGGGCGAGGAUUCAGAGGUCGAGGUUAA